GUAUAAGUGCUAUUGUAUAAUAGUUAGAUAAAGUUGACAUCUACUAGUAAAACAUUAGUAUAUUAUUACCUAUUAUAGUUCUCGUAUUGUUUAUUUUAGAUACAAAAAUUUAUAAUUAUAUAAGCAAGUUUUAAUCAGAUUGCUUAAUGUAUAAAAACAAUAAAUAGAUUAUUCAAAAUGUCAUAAUAAUAAUAUAGGUAUUUUGAUAUUUUGGUGUCACGUAUUAUACAGCUUAAUGGACAAUAUGCUGUCACUAUGUAGAUAUAUUGCAGUUGAUGUAGAUGUCAAUUGUUGGUCCAGUCACACUAUUAUAUAUUUUCAAUGGUCUGUAAUCUGUUUUGUACACAAACCUCAAUCCGUACAAUAGCAGUUUCAAAUUAUACUCAGGUAUUGGCAACUAUCAAUCAUUUGUUUCCAAAAAUGUGUUCAAUUUAAAAUGUCAGUAAUCAAAAAUCACUUAAAAGAUGAUUUGUCGACGACCGGUAAACCAAAACCAUCGACAAUAAAUGUUAACCGAUGUCGUAGUACCACGACAUAUAGAGAGGGUGACCCCGUAGCUACAGAUGUGGAAAUGAGUGAAUGUCCAUCAGUUCCUCUACGAAUAGAAGAAAAUGUUUUAUUGAGAAGCAUGACGGCCAAUCGAGGAAUGAUAUACCAAUUUAGCGUGUGGUAUAGCAAACAAUUCACUAUGCCUUUGUCGUAUUUAAUUGGAAUACCACUUGGUUGGCUGUUACUUGGAACAUUUCAAUAUUUUGUGUGUAUCGUCAUUUUGGGUGACAGUUUCUUAGACCCAUGGUAUUUCACGUGUGCUUGGAUAGUGGAAGUAAUUUCUACGCUCCCCGUUAUUAUGAUUAUUACAAUCAUUAAAUGUUUGUACGUGCAAGUGGAAAUACUGGAACACUGUGAAAAAGUAACAUGGAUUGGUUUUACAUUUUUACUUUUUCAAGGGUUGGCCAUUAUAAUACUUUUGCUUCCAGUUAGCAAUUUAUUUAAAUACAUAUUUGGCGAUUUUUCACGACCGAUAAAUUUUUUUAUUUAUUGGAUGAUGUUAGCUUUUCCACACAUCAUGAUUUUAUGCUUUGCAACAUUUGGUUGUUGUUCAAAGGUACAUACAGCUAACAUGCAGUCAGUUGGAAAUGUCAUUAAUCAUUGAAGGAUAAUUUGAUGUUUAGAUCGUUUUCGCGACAUUUCCGUAAUGCUAAUAAUUGGAAAAAGCAUGAAACUAUACAAGUGCAUUUCGAAACAACUAAUCAGCGGAAAGCAAUAAAAAUUGAUAAUAAUAAUAUUGAACUACAAGAACUUAAUUACCAUCCAAUAUUUCGAACUAAAUAAUAAUUAUCUGUAAUCAAAUAUGUUAGUUAUAUAUUUUUUAAUUAUUAUGAAUUAUUAUUUUUUCGUUUGUAAUAAUAUUACUUAGGUAUAUGUAAUAAUUGUAAUAUGUUAAAUGCAAAUAUAGUCAGUAUUUAGUCAUACA